CUCUGGACACGACCACGUGACUGUCCGUCCGAAGAGAAUAGAUAUGAUUUACAUUCAGCUGGACGAGAUAAUAAUAAUAAUCGAGCUUGAAUACAGGUGAAGGUGUCAGUGCUCAGUCUGAUCCAGAGUCAGAUCCAGGGUCUGAUCCAGGGUCUGAUCAGAUCUUCUCCCCAGCCUGGUGUAUCAGAGGCUCACUGAGGGGGUGUGUUGCCCUAAAACAUAGUCCAGGGCAGUUUAAGACCUAGUUGUCUCUUUUUAUGCCACAAAGACUGCACGGAUUUGCAGGACACUUUGUAUUUGCAGCACCUGAGACCGACUGAGACAGAGAGAGACAAAAAGAGACACAGAGAGAGGGUAGGGCACGACAUGGCAGGCCUGGGGGCCAUGCAGACAGAACCAGGACGAAAAAAAGGAAGCGUGGUCAGACGUUGCAUCCAGGACCAGAACACGAACAUACAGAUCUACAGACAGAGCUCGGGCCUAGGGGAAAUGUGGCAUGCCAAUUCUGAGCAAACACACACCCUUCUUUUCUUACAGUCCUCCAGUGUAGAAGUGCCAUACCGGAGUCAUGAAUCGGUAGAAAUGGAUGAGAUCAUGGCUGCGAUGGUCCUCACCAGUCUGUCUUGUAGUCCGGUGAUCCAGAGCCCCACACAGAGAGAUCCGUUACCAUGUGGCCCGGUGGAUAUGGAGUGUGGUGGAGGGGAACUUUCGGACAGUGGGAGCAGUGGCUGCUGGAGCUGGGAGCAUGGCAGUGUCAGUCCCGUUCUCUCACCGUCUGUUACGGAGGCAGACAGCAGUAUGGGGCAACUGUCAGACGAAAGGGUGAACAUGGAGUUGGAUCUGGAGGCACGUGACGAGCUGGAGACCAGGCGGUUCAAGAAUUGGAGCAGGGGAGCAUAUAAGUGUCUGUGGCCAGGCUGCGCCAAAGUGCUGACGUCACGGGUUGGGAUGAAGCGUCAUAUUCGCGUUCUCCAUCUGGGCGGACCAGAGCAUUCUCACAGAGAAGAAGAUUUUUAUUAUACCGAGGUUUCCUCACAGGAAGAGGAACCCAUGCCCAUAUCUAUACCUUCCCUAUCAUUUAUCAAUGGGCCCUGGGGUACGUGCAGUUCAGCCCCCAGCCAGCUUACUUCCAGAGAGACCCCUCCUUCCUCCACCACCCUCAGCCAAUCCGCACCCAGCAGUGUGUGGCAGAUACACAAGGAACACUUAUACCAGGCUUGUGUGCCCAUUGAGCCGACCGUAUCCCCGGAUUCUCCUUCCUCCUGUGACUGGACAUCAUCUGGACUCCAGUUAAGGCCUCAGACCAGUGUACCACGUAUCCGUUCGGUUAGCGUAGGCGAGCAGUGCCUACAACGAGAGACCGAUCCCACCAGAUCACACAGCGUGUGUUCAUCGCCAUCCAGAGGACACUGCGCCAACCGGAAAGGGCGAGGUGAGGCCAAAAAAUGCCGCAAGGUGUACGGUGUAGAGCGCAGGAACGACUGGUGUACUGCGUGUCGCUGGAAAAAAGCCUGUCAGCGCUUCCCUGAUUAGAGUGUAAGAUGUUCGGAGAACAAUCUAAAUCUUUUUUCUUCCUUUUAUUGGACUACUCCUGGCACUGAGCGACCGCGAGAAUUUUUACCUUUUGUACCUGUUUUCCAAACGGAGUAGAAGCAUACGUUUUAUGAUCUCAUUCUGUGACACUGUUGAGAGUGUGUGACAUAGUUGUGUUUUUUUUUCAUUCCCUUGCAGUCAUGCACUUCAGCCUCUCUUGAGAUUAUUGACGUGAUUGUCCCUUUUGCUAUUAUGGUGAAUAUCUGAACAUCUGUAUCAUUCUUUGUCUGUGGGGUUUGGGGUUCGUUUGUUUUGCGUUCGACCUGCACCAAUGUGCCAGCACUUCCUACAUGUAUAAAUGAAGUUAUAGUGAGGUUAAUGGUACAGUAUAUGCAAGUACUGAGCAGCUAUAACUUUAUUAAUAACUGAAGUGCUAUUUCAAGCCAUCCUUUGCAACAGUAUUAAGAAUUUUGUUUGUUUGUUUUUGUCUAAAGGAUUAAAUCCUUGGACAAAUUUCACUAAUUUGCUUUUACAGGCACACCUUACACCUAAAGAACAGUGCAACCUUAAAGACGAUUGACACAGACCUUAUACAAAACGCACAAUGGUCGCAUGACAACGCACAAGAGAAAUAGUAAACUAUUUUAUUGGUAUUUUAUAUGCAUUUUAUGUACAUCGCACACAUUCAAAAAGAUUACCAAAAAAAAAAACCUGAA